AGAAAUACUUCGUUGUUCGUAUACUUGGUAUCAGCAAACCCUACACUCCAUUAUACCCAAGAACCAGAAUGAUGAAUUCCCUCCUUCGGGUAGCAGCAAAAUAAUGAAGCUCCAAAAGAGUGGUAUUCGCAACCCCGCAUUCUCAUCCUCUCGUAUAUAUAUAGAUACGGCGACUAUGGUGAUUUGAAAGUGAAGUCCAUAAGCCCAGAUCUCCGCAGUGAAAGACCAAUAUUAUUCUUACAAGGAAAUUGCUAAUUAUAGUUGGAGGCCGGGUUCUGUGUUCAUGCAAUGGGUUUGUGCUUCUCUCGUUUGAAGAACACACAUACGAGCUGGUCUACGAAAGUUCUUCAGUUUCAAGGCCUUCGAUAUGAUAAACAUAAGGUGGUUGGAGGGCUAUGUUACGAUCCAUCCAUGUUAGAUCACAAAGUUGUGUUGUUGCUGUUUAGUCGUGAUCGUCAAUUUGUUAUUGUUUCAAGCCUCAAAAGCAAAGUGUGGCGAGAAGUGUCUUUCCCGUAUAACUAUUGUACUUCCCGAGGUGGGGUGGGCUUUAACAACAACCUCCAUUGGAUAGUGAGUGACAUCAAGCAUGAAUAUUUAGAAUGGGAUAAUCUUGCUGCACGCAAUAAGAUCGUUUAUUUCGAUGUGGUUGAUGACGGAUUCAAAAUAAUGCCCUCUCCUAUGCCGAUUCAUGAGGAAGAAGAAGACUCGAUAGUUGGCACGGGAAUCAUAGAUGGAUGUUUCUGCAUGGCUCGAAAGGAUGAAAAGACGCAAGUGAUCCAAGUCUUACUUAUGAAAGAAUAUGGAAAACAAGAGUCUUGGGUCACGGCCUUUGUAAUCCCCUUAUUGCGAUUUCAACCAUAUGCGGAUUACAACCUCGAAUUUUUGUCUCAAAAUUGAAAGGUAUUCAUAUUGGUGAAGGGUAGUUAUUACACGGAAACAUAUGUGUAUGAUGUCACAGAAGACAAACUAGAACACACGUUGCUUUUCCGUGGUGAAGUUAAUGUUGGAUGCGUUCUUGGUAUUUGUUUUUACAUUGAAAGUUUUUAUUUGCCAAAUGAUGUGAGUUGGAGGGAUAAUCCAUGAUGAGCACAACUGCAGUUAGGUUUUGAAAUGUUUUAAAAUAUUUGUACUUUAUGACUAAAUAAAUAUUUAUCGUGGCUUCAGGAAUCAGGAUAUCAAUAUUCAAUAUAUCAAUUCAAGAGGCCGGCCAAGAGCAUAAGACUAAUGGAUUUUUAUGAUGCAGAUAUUUCUAGUGCUUUUGGACUCAAACGCCUAUAUAUUAUAAGAAGGUUUGGAGUCUUUAGACUUGAAAAGCGAGUUUUUUCAAUUCCUUUUUGUGAAAAUACUUGUAUUCUAUAGAGUUACACUCUUAUUCUGUCAUGUUAAGCAGGACCCCAAAAAUCAGUUACCCAACCCUGUAAAUCAACCAAUGGUUUUUUUAACCUGUCUUAAGUUUUAACCAAUUCCAUUAGCUAGCCUUCCACAGUGUCAAAAUUAUGACCAUUUCCAUUUGUAGAAAUUUCAGCCUUCGAAAUGUUGAUUAUAUAUUCUCUAUGAGGAAACAUUUAUUCGUCCUGCCUUUCUUAUUCCUCUUCUACCAGCACACUUGUAGGUGGGAUGCUAGUAAUAAUAUUGGUAUUGGAUAAUAUCGUUACUGAUGAGUUUCCUUCACACAUCACUAUUUCAGUUUAUGGGUCUAUGAUUCUGUUAUAAUCAAUGGGGACACGGGCGGGGUUGUUUAGCUUUUCUGCUUCAUUCUUAAAAGAUCGUUAAUCAGUUUAUUUUCACAUGUAGUCUAUCAUAAUAACAAAUCUGCUUCAGGUUGUCAAUUACUAUGUGUAAAUGUAAUACUCCUUCCAUUCCAAAUUGAAUUGCAAAAUUAGGGGGUGUUUCGAUCUGAUUUUAAAACUGCUUCUGCUCCCUGAAGGAGCAGAAGUUGAAGUGUUUGAGUGAAAGUGUAAAAGUUAUUCUGGUGCUCUAAUUUACUCCUAGAAUCAGUUUUUUUAGAAGCUGGGGGGACCAGCUUGUGAAAACUGAUUCUGAUUCUGCUUCUGAUUUAAAAAAGAAUCAGAAGCAGAAUCAGUUCCAAACACCCCCCAAGUUUUUUGGGUCAAACACUCAAACAUAUCUAUUUUACUCACUUAAUUAGGAUAUAUCAAUUUUUAAUUAAAUUUUAGUUUGGAUUUUACAACUUUAUAAAGAUUUUAAUGCAGUUUUUGAAUAUGUAAAUUUUACGGAGUAAUUAUUAAAAUUGAAUUAAUUAUCAAUAGUGAGAAUUUAACUUAUUUAUUAUUUAUUGACCAAAAAUGUUGAUUUUGCAAAAUAAUUUGUGACGAAGGUAGAAACGAAGAUUUCUUGUCAAUUACUCUGUUUUUAAUUGAACUGAUAUUUUCUAAUCUGGCCUGACCUGAAUUGGUCUAGUAAAUGUUUGACAUCUGUGUACUUUUAAGCAAAGUGUCGACAUGAUUUAAUCUGAUUUGAUCUAUUUAGGAUGUUUUUACUUGGACUGUAAUUUGCCCCAGACCAGACCAGACUUUGAUAGUUAUAAAAAUACAAAGAAAUCAGACCUUACCAGACCAGACCAGUUCAGACCAGAUCAGACCAGACCAGACCAGCAAAUUACAGUCCAAGUAAGCAUACUUAAAUUUGGUCUGAUUUGAUCAGGUUUGCGACUCAAAAUAGUCCAAACAAAAAACAUCCUUAAAAAGUGCAAAGAACUUGGGGUUUGAGAUUGAUGUAAUGAUGGAUUGUUUGGGACAUCCAUAUUACCACCCCCAGCUUUCACCAUCAUGAAACCUACUAACAUUGUCAUCCCCAGCAAUAAGGGUGCAUCUAGUAUUUAGAGAGAUGCAGCAGUUUUGCAGAAGAUGAGUUGUCUGUUCCCUGCAUAAGUCUUCAGAUGCAGAGUCCGAUGAGUUGUCUGUUUCCAUAGAUGAGUCCAUGUCUCCUUGUGACUCACUGGGAAGUCAGAUGUUUAAUAUAUUGACAGGAGUGAAGAAGCAGCAUGACUCACUUCCAUUGAGAAAAAGACAUUAAGUGCACUCUUCAUUUCAGAACAUGAAGAAGCUGCAGCAGCAUCAGGAUGUUUAUGCAUAGUUUAGUUGUUGUUUUACUUCUAUAGUUUUAGUGCAUAUUGUAUAGCUAAGCCAAUGCCAAUUCUUGAAUUGUGGCAUGAAUUAACAUUAAAAAGUACUCGGUAUGUGAAUAUCUCAAUUUGCAAUACUGAUAUAAUUUGUUUAUUAA